CCAGGAGGUGGCGCACUGGAAUGCAGAACUCCCACAGUUGCUGUAUCUCUGACGUCAAGACGUUUCUGGGCAUGCCUACAAGCGCUUGAACAUAAACAAAGACCUAAAGCGGGUGAUCGAUCGUUAGCAGCCAUAAACUUAACUUGAAAUACUUUUGAAGCCUUUUAGGUACUACAAACAACCAGCAUCUGAAGCAAGAAGUCUCUUUUGCCAUGGAAAACGCAUUUUUGAUGCGAGUGAGUAUUUUCUCCGACCAGGGAGGUAGGAAAUACAUGGAGGAUGUUACCGAGGUUGUAGUGGAGCCCGUGCCGGGGGAAGAUGAGCUAAACUCGGACGAACAGGACGAGACUAAAGGAGACAACACAACGUUCGACAAUGUACCCGAAAAGCCUGAACACGAACAGCAAGAUCGGACUGCACAUAACGUAUUGAACGACCAUCUGUCUGUCCCUGCACCCACUACAGUUGCAUGGACAGAAAAUGUACAAAAUGGGGACCAAAGUUGUGCAGCGGCUGCACCGGCGGUGUCCACCGUGGAGAGUUCACCGGCUACGACCGAAAGCGAGAACCAUGCCCACCAAUCGGUCGCUUUCUUCGCUGUGUUCGAUGGGCACGGAGGCCGCGAGGCAGCGCAAUUCGCACGGGACUAUUUGUGGGAAUUCAUAAAGAAACAACGGGGAUUUUGGUCCAAGGAUGACGGGGAAGUAUGUGCAGCUAUUCGGAAAGGAUUCGUUGCCUGCCACCAUGCCAUGUGGAAAAAGCUGCCUGAGUGGCCCAAGACCCUAACCGGGCUGCCCAGCACGUCGGGGACCACGGCCAGUGUGGUGGUCAUUCGCGGGGACCGCAUGUACGUGGCCCACGUGGGCGACUCGGCCAUAGUGCUGGGGGUCCAGGACGACCCGACCGACCAGUUCAUCCGGGCCGUGGAGGUCACACAGGACCACAAGCCGGAGCUACCCAAGGAGAGGGAGCGCAUCGAAGGGCUCGGGGGAAGUGUGAUAAAGAAGUCUGGUGUGAACCGGGUCGUAUGGAAGCGACCCAGGCUGACCCACAACGGCCCAGUCCGGAGAAGCACUGUCAUAGACCAGAUCCCUUUCUUGGCAGUGGCACGGGCUCUAGGGGACCUGUGGAGCUACGACUUCUACAGCGGGGAGUUUGUGGUGUCCCCGGAGCCGGACACCUGCGUUCUGACCCUCGACCCGCGCAAACACCGCUACGUCAUUCUCGGCAGUGACGGCCUAUGGAACAUGGUGCCCCCGCAAGACGCCGUCUCCAUGUGCCAGGACAACGACGAGGCCAUGGCUCCGUGCGGCGUGUCCAGCGCCCGCCAGCUGGUGAGCCAUGCCCUCCUGAGGUGGCGCCAGCGAAUGCUCCGCGCGGACAACACCUCGGCCAUCGUGAUUGCCCUGCAGGAUCCGGGAGUCCCGCAGGAGCCCCUGCACCACGAGGAGGUGCUGCUCAACCUGGCCGAGGGGCAGCGCUGCGGCCCGGCUUCCAGCUCUCGCUCCAAUACGCCCCUCAUCAAGGCUCCGGACAUGGUUGUGACGUCUGCUGUGUGUGAGCUCCUCCCGACGCUGGAGCGGCGGAACGGCCUCUUGGGGAGCAGCCUGUACGCCCUGGCCCUAUCGGAUCCCUUCGGCGCGCCCCUCUCCGAGUCCGACGACGACUCCCGCACUGGGUUUUCCCCGGCGGACAGCGACCCCGCCCCAGGGCAGGACAUUAGCGAUGUCGCCACCAGGACGUCCGGCAGCAAACGGACGCUGAACGAAAAGUCGCCGAACCCCAUCCUGCCGGCAAAGAGGAACCGGCGAAAGAAUGGCGAGAGAAUGCCAACGGCGGGGGUGGCUAACGCUCAGGGGAAGGACCAAAACCCGGCGGCGCCGCCGACCAAUGUGUCCCCUGCACUCCUCCAACAGCAACAUGGGAAGACCACUGUAUGUGUGUGUUGAGACAAACGGACACACACACACACGACACUCCGCAGACACACAGAACCUCCAUGUCAUUCAUACAAAUGGGGACUUAAGACUAAAUGAGACACCGAAGGACGUUCUGCCUCUUGUUCCGCAGGCUUUGUACAGACUAGAGACUAAAGACCAAUCACUUUCAGGAUCCCACCGAGUGUGUGUUUGUGUGUGUUUUAGGUCUAACUAUACCCGUGGGGACCAAAUGUCCCAAUGAUUAUAGUAAAAC